AUGCAUUGCGAAUGCAGCCACCUCCUCGCCACCGGAGGUGAGGUCGGUGCCUCCUCUGCCCUGGCUCCCAAGAUCGGUCCUCUCGGUCUGUCUCCCAAGAAAGUUGGUGAAGAUAUCGCGAAGGCCACUGGCGACUGGAAGGGUCUCCGCGUGACGGUCAAGCUCACCAUCCAGAACCGUCAAGCCGCCGUCUCCGUCGUCCCCACCGCCUCCUCUCUUAUCAUCCGUGCCCUGAAGGAGCCCCCCCGUGACCGCAAGAAGGAGAAGAACAUUAAGCACAACAAGUCUGUGCCCCUCGACGAGAUCAUCGAGAUCGCCAGAACCAUGCGCCACAAGUCCUUCUCCAAGUCUUUGGAGGGCACUGUUAAGGAGAUUUUGGGAACGGCGAACAGCGUUGGAUGCCAGGUCGACGGCAAGACUCCCAAGGCGAUCACCGAGGCCAUUGAGGCUGGCGAGAUUGACAUCCCCGAGGAGUAA